UUUGUGGGCUGUUAUUUUUUUUCAGUCUGGGUGUUUAAUUGGCCUUUAUUAUAAAAUGGGGCAACUCUUCUAUAAUUGUCUCACAGGUAGCUUGAUGAGAAAUAAGAGUAGGGUCUUCAUAGCAUGAUGCAUCAUGCACAUCAUCCCAGGUACAGUACUAACUAGCUAUUUAACCACAGGAAACCUCCUGAAUCUCUUCAAUCCUCCAUUUUCUCAUCUGCAAAUGGGAGGCAAUAAUGUCUAUAUGGUACCCAUUCAAUUUGCUACAAUGAGAUAAUGUCCAUAAAUUGCUUUGCAAACUUUAGCAUUCUAUAUAAAUGUCAGUUGCUGUAAUCACUAUAGAAAUGCUACAAGGCAAAGUGCUUUUGUAAACUUUAAAUUGCUUUCUACUGGUGAGUAUUGGAUCAAGAGUGAUUUACUUGGAAUCAAGAAGACCUGAGAUCAAAUCUUGCAAUGGACAGUAACUAAUUGUGACCUUGGGCUACUUAUUUCUCUCCUGCGAACCUUACUUUCCCUAUCUGUAAACUGGGACUGAUAAUAUAUAGAGAACCUAUCAGUAGGGUUGUUGCAAGGGUCAGAUGACUUUGGUUAAAACACUAAUAUAAUAUAACAUCUUGAUGAUGAUGAUGAUGAUAAUGAUGAUGAUAACAACAAAAAUUACAAUUAAAACUGGCUUAUUAUACUGGUAUAUGGAGAACUGGUUUGAAGUCAAGAAGACCUAAAUUCAAAUACAGCCCAUUAUACUUACUGGCAAGUUAGACUUAGUUUCCUCAUCUGUAAAGUGGAGAUCAUAAUAGUUCCUAUCUCAGAUUUGUUGUGAGGAUCAAAUGAUAUAGUGAAUAUACGGUACCUUGCAAACCUUAAAGCACUAUACAAAUGUUUAUUAUUAUUUCACUGAUACUUUCACCUAUUUGGUACAUGCCACAUUCAGUGUUAUCAGAAGUACAGCACCCCAGGAUUGGUCUGACCAGGACCUCCCAACUUACUCUUCAUUCAUGCCACAGUGAUGCUUAACCAGUUUAUCUCUCACUGAGUCAAGAGAGGGCACAGGAUAAGGACUCAGCUAGUGAUGGAAUAUUGAUAGGUUUCCAGCUGAUCAUAGCAACAUAUAGGAGAUCUCCGAAGUAAGAGUAAUUUCUGACACUCCAGGAGAUACUUCCUCCCUUGGAGAGGAGAUGCUUGUUUACUUCCUGCGUGGUCAUGGAUAUACACGGAUUUUUGUUAGGAAGGGAUCAAGAAGGGAGAAAUCAUGAAACAGAAAGUUAGAACCUUGAGGGCAAGGACUAGAUCACUUUUCUAUUUUUAUUUUCAGUACCCAGGACAUUGCCUAGCACAUAGGAGACACUUCAUAAAAAUUGUUGAUUUCUUGAAAUCGAGAACACAUUUAGGGUCACAAAGGACAAGUUGUUUGCACAUUAUUCCAAUGUAGAGGGAAUCCAGUGAUAACCCUUCUUACUUCCUGACUUCAUUUUACCUUCCAGAAGACAAAUUUUGGGAGGGAGAAUGGACUAGUCAUUUAACAUUUGGAGAGUAAAAGUCCUUAGAGAAACCUUCACUAUGGCCUUCCUUCUCAAAAUUUGUGUCCUCUAAGGUCCUGCUGAGUUUAACAAUGGUCAAGUUUGAUCUCAGGAUCAAACAUCGACCAAUGCUUUUUCAUCUACCCUGGAAAGUGGAAGGUCGCAGGGCACUGGCCUUCACUCUGUUCACUGCAACAUCUUUAUUGACAACGUAGAGGAAGGUAUUAGGGCACACCUUUCAAACUUGUGGAUGAGGAAAAGCUGAGAAGCACUUAACUUCUUUUCUCGUGUGUAGUAAACAACCACCAUUAUAGAAUAAUCCAUGGGGUGAGAGGAAACUGACUUGAGCUGCUCAUCAUCCCAUCAAUUUGACUUCAAUAACUAUGUUAUAUGAUCCCUUUCUUUUGAUUGAGGUACUUAAAAAGAAAAAAGAAGCCUAGUACUUUGAUCAGCAAUUCCUUUCCUGAGUCUGAAUGAUAUAGCUUUAUUAACAAAGAGAAAAUUAUGGGAACACCUAGCUGCUGUCCAUUUCAGAUAAAAGAAAAUCACUAAAGGCAAAAACAAAUUUGCCUUAGGAGAAAGAAUCCUAAAUUUGUUUGGCUUAAUUUAAAUGCUUAUUUAAAAAAAACUUUUGUAUUUGUUUUAACUGGGGAAAAGAACAACAUACAUUUUAUUAUACAUGUAGGUAGAAACUGCUUGCUAUAUCCUAUACUUUAAACAUAAUUUAAAGGAAGCCCAUUUAAACUAUUUAUCACUUAUAUGACUUCAGUCAAGUUCCUUCCUCCUCUCCUAACUCAUUUCUUCAUCUGCAAAAUUGAGCUUGACAAAGUUCUUAUAUUUUGAACUGGAGACCCAUCAUUUAAAAAUGAGACAACUGAGAUCCAGAGUUGGGAAUUGAAUUGACCAAGGUAAUACAAGUAGUAGAGUCAUAAAUUUAGAGAGAGAAGGGACAUCAGAAGUCAUUGAGUUCUACGCCAUCUUUUUAUAGAUGAUGAAGUUCACACAGGAUGUCAGCAGUAGCAGAGCUAGGCUUUGAACCUAGGUCCUUCAACUCCCAAAUUAGUGCUUCUUCUUCAGUGACUCACUGCCUCCCUCUGUAGGCUCUUUCAACACUGUCUGUCAUCCUAUAGUCUCUUGCCUGACAUCCUUACCAACUCUCAUUCCUAUGUCCCAUUGAGAAAUAUACUCCCAAAGAGUCAAUGUAUGUAACUGAAUGAAUGUAUACAUAAACGAAGAAAGCAUAUAAAAAUGAAUGAUAGUGGCAUGAUUAAAUUUUGAAAAUGGAAAAUAGCAUUUUAAAAGAAAUUCCAAUAGUUUAUGUUCUUUUCCAGCUCAGCAACUUUAGUUGAGUCUUUACAUAAUGAAUCAAUAGUCAGCACUCAUUUCUUAGGUCAGAAAGCUCCGUGUUACACACUGGGGAUAUAAGCAAAAAAUAAAAAUAAGCACUGACCUAUAGUCUCCUGAGAAAUCUUUAUUUCAAAUUUUGUGCUCUUUUGAGCACACACUAGAUGGGAUGGGAAAGAUGUUUUUAGUAUCCCCACAUGGAGGUUUGGGGAGAUGGAGUAGAAUAUGAGAUUCAGAUAGAAGAGCUGUGAGCACUGGCUAGACCAGCAGUCAGUCUGUGACUGCAAAUCAUGGAGCACACUAAUCUCUAAAGAUUUGAAGUUAAGGAUCACACCCAAAGGGCAAUGUUGCAUGACAUGAUACAAUAAGUCCAAAACAGAGUUUAGAAGAGAGAAAGGUUUCAAGAUUGUCAUCAAAGAAUGAAUGAAUCUUAAAAAAGAAAAGACUGGCUGUUUGCAUGAUGACAGUGAGGCACAGCCAAUGAGUAACCUGUGUGCUCCAUUGAUAUCCACUCAAUGUCAAGAGUAGUCAAGGAAAGUUUCCAGCACAUUGGGUAGAACCUCAUGGCAAAUUUAAAAAGAGGGCAAGAUGGGAACAAGAUGAGCCAGUAUGUGUGGUCUGAGAUCCAUAGCUUUGGAGGGGUCACAUAAGAGUUGAGGCCCACAAACCUAUUUCAGUCAACCAAUCAACUAGUAUUUAUUAAAUAUUUGCUAUAUGUCAACCACUGUGCUAACUGCUGAGGAUGCAACAACAACCUCCGCCCCCCCCCCCUUAGUGAGAAAGGCAUCAGCCUCAGUUAAGGGACUAGAAAAGCCUCUGGCAGAAGGCAGCAUUUUGGUUAAGUCUUGAAGGAAGCCAUGAAAGCCAAGAGGUGGGGAUGAAGGAACAGAACAUUCUAGACAGGAGUAGUAGUCAACUCAAAGGCAAGGGAGAUGGGAAAUGGAGAGCAAUGUGUGAGGAGUAAUAAGUAAGCCAGUGUAGUUGAAUAGUAGAUAUUCCCCCUGAAGUUUCAUAUCUCUUAGGCCUAUUUCACCCAUUCAGCUGUCUACUCCUUGAGGAACAGGACCAUGUUAUCUACUUUUCUUCACUACUACCAGUGCCUAGUACAAUGGGGGACAUCCUAUAGGUGUUCAAUAAAUAUUUGUUGAGUAUAUGGAAGACAAGCCUAGAGGAGAAAUCACUAGUAUCUGGGGAACCAGGAAAGGUCUUCUAAAGAGGGUACUAGUUGAGUAUUUGAGUGCUUGGACAUAGUAGGAUGGCUUCAGAGAAUUUUUUAUAGCAAUUGUAGAAUUCCCCUUCCCAUUUGUUGUUUACACAUGCAUCUCCCAUUUUCCUUUGAUCCCUAGUAACUUUGAUGACUACACAUUGGUGGUUUAUCUGUCCCCACAUUUAAGAUAGAGGGAACUGCCUCCUGUAGCUUGUUUUGUCUUAUCUUUACAUUCUCACAAUCUGAUAUAUAGUUCUGAAAUUCUUUCAGAGAAAAAAAUAGCUCCUCUGGAGAAACUAGAGCACUUAUUAGCUUGCAUGCUAAUGUGCAGUUUUAAGUGGGACAUUCUUGUCCCAUUCCCCUCCCCAAACCACAACUCUGAUGUCUACUUUCUCAUAGACAACAAAGGAAAAUGUCUGAAAUUAGUCUAUUGGCUGAGGGGAAAAUCUAACAGAUUUAUAUGUUGUUUCCUUCAUUUGAGUAUUAGCUCUUCAAGGGCAAAGCCUGUAUUAUCUUUCUCAUUAUAUCUCCCAUUGCGUAUUACAGUGCUUGCCACAUUUCAGUCAUUUUCCAUUGUAUCUGACUCUUCCUGCCCCUAUUUAAGGUUUUCCUGGUGAAAAUACUAGAGUGGUUUGCCAUUUGCUUCUCCAACUCAUUUUAUAGAUGAGGAAACUAAGGGUUAAAUGACUUGCCCAAGGUCACACCUCUAGGAAGUGUCUGAGACCAGAUUUGAAUUCAGUAAAAUGUAUCUUUCUGACUCCAGGCUCUUCACUCUAUUUACUGCACCAUCUAGCUGCUGUCCAACAAACAUAUUGUAAGCAACUGAUGCUUUUAAUUACAAAAAUCACAAAAUAUCAGAUUAGGAAGGGAACUAAAGGAAUAUCUAGUUCAACUUGUAUCCUUCUACAAAUUACCCAACAAGGGCUUCUCCAGCUCUGCUUGGCAUCCUUCAGUGAAGGGGGAACUCAUUACCUUCCAAAGUAGAAGCUGAAUCAUCUAAAGAAUGUCUUUACAGAAGAGAAAUGACAGGGUCUCAACCUCUUCUGCUCUCAAAUACAUUGGUAAAGCUUUCUCAGCUGGGAUUGUCUUCUCCCUCACAGUCUUUAAUCAGUCUUCUUUGCUACUUUAUUCCUCUCUCCCUUAUAUCUUCCUGUAAGAGUUAUUUCUAGAUACAGUUGCCUCUGCCCCUCUCAUAAGCUUCUUGAGAGCAGAGACUUGGUUGUCUGUCUUUGUAUUCCCAGGACUGGGCAUAUAAAAGGUACAUGAUAACUGUUUGGAUGAAGUUAGAUUAGUCCCUCCGUAUUUUCUCCUUUUGUGACUUUUCUCCUAGGAACAUUAUUCCCUGAGGCUAUUUUGAUGCCAUUUAUUCUUUAGACUGACAGAAAGACUGGAGCCAACUCUUAAGUCCUGAUUGGUUUAGUAGUCAGAAGAAAAAUCAAGAAAAAGAGCUUUUUUUAAAAGAUCAUGAACAGGGAAUUGGUUUCUCCAACCCACAAUGCAAAGCUUCCUAUUGGGCAACAAGAACUAGAAAAUUAAAUUUUUAUUUCAUGAAGAUCUUGGUUUGAAUCCUUUUUCAGAUACUAAUAAGCUUAGUGAAAUCAUUUAACUCCUCUGAGACUCAGUUUAUUAAUCAAUAAAAUAAGGAUAACAAUAAUAUUAGAGCACCUACCUUUCAGGGCUAUUGAAAAGAUCAAAUGAGAUCAUGUAGAAAUGCUAACUGUUAUUAUUUUAUUAUAUUUCAUUUCUACACUUUUAAUUUCCCUAUGAUUUAAUCGGUAGAGAUUAACUUCAAAACUAAAUUUCAAAUUUUUCAAAAUUAUUUCAAAAUGAAAUAAAUUUUGGGGGAGAGAAACCGGUAAGUAAAGCAUGUUCCUAAUAGCCUCUAGGUAGGGUAGAGUCCUUAUCCCCACUAACCACCAUCUCUUACCAUCCAUUUCGUUUUCACUCUGAAUGAAUAGCUUGAGGAGUCAUGUCAGCUAAUGCCUCAUCAUGGUGUUCUUUGACUUUAUGCCCAUUAUUAAUGUAAAUUUCCACUAAGCCUGUGAUUUUUUUCUUCCCUCCUCCCACAAUUGCUGUGUGACCCUGGGCAUAUCCUCUGCUUUCUCUGAAAAUAAAUAAGCUGUAAAAUAAGAUUUAUCAUACAUGCACCGCCCAUUUCCAGGAUUCUUAAAAGGUCAAGCACUUUGCAAACCUUCAGAUGUUAUAAAAUGGGAGUUUAUUUUAUUAUUAUUUCAACCAACAUCCAAUCCAUGAGGAGGUCAGGUUCCCUUUUAGACUGUGGGUCUUGUGCUACCUGUACUCUCUCCCCACCCCCAGGCAGAGGAAUUUUUCAGCUCUAACUAAAGCCAAAUAUGAAAAGACACUUAAGACAUAGAUUUCUUGUGACAUUUCUUUGCAGGGUUCCACUUUGGUUAAGUAACUGACCAGGUGGAAAAACUGAGUGUCUAAACUCAUGAAUUCUUUUCCAGAAGGACAAGCAGAAUAACUCAAUCCAUGUAAAUUGUCAUGUUCUAUGGGGAAGGAGUGGUGGUUGGACAACUUAACCUGAAGUCAAGAUAUAGGUUCAAAUCCUGCCUCAAUCACUUACUGGCAACUGAGAAAGCUAUUUGACUUCUCUGGGCUUUUCUCAUCAGUAAAAUGGGUUUAAUUAUAAUUAUACUGCUUGCCUCAAAAAGUUCUGGUAAAGAAAUAAAGUAAUUUAUUAUUUCUAAUCAGUUUUAUAAUUUUAAUUGGCAUGAAGACCCUUCACAUUGCUGAUUUAGAGCUGAAAUGAAUCUUAGGGGCUAUAUAUUUUAUUUUUAAUUAUUUUUAAACCCUUACUUUCUGUCUUAGCUACAGCUCUAACACAGAAGGGCAAGGGUUAAGCAAAUAGGUUUAAGUGCCUUUCCCAUGAUCACACAGCAGUGUCUGAGGCUAGAUUCAAAUCCAGAUCUUCUGGAUGCCAGACCUGGGGCUCUAACCAUUGUGGAACCUAAUUAUCCCUGGGGCUGUUUUAGAAGAUCUUAAUUUAGGGUCUAUAAAUAUCUCUGUCUCUGCCUCUCUAUCUGUCUCUCUGUCUCUCUCUAUAUAUGUUUAUAUAUUGGCUCUAUUCCAACAUAAUUCUCUGUACUUUCUUUUCUUCAUUCAAAAACAUUCUUCUUAGAACUUAGAAGAUCCAUUGACUUCACCAAACUGUUGUAUGUGUACAAUAUCCCCCAAAUGUACAAGAACCCCUUGACUCAGUCCAAGCACUCAUCUUAUGGAAGAUGCACCACUGAAUUCCAGGGAAGUCAUAGAAUCAUGGCAUCAUAGAACCAGAGCCAGAAAUGGCUCAGAACUCAUCUAACUCAACAUUCAUUUUACAUGUAGGAAACCAAAGCCUAGGAAGGUUGAAAUAUGCUCAACCUCACCCAGCUAGAAAAGGAACAAAAUCAGGAUUUGAAUCCUGUAGUCGUUAACUACAUCUUCCCCUCUUAAAAUAAACACACACACACACACACACACACACUCAAACAUAUAUAUGCAUAUAUAUAUAGAUCAUAAGACACAAUCUGACUCCAGUCAAUUCAGUGUAAGACUAUAUUGACUUAUUAUUGAAGGAAGGACUAAAUGAAGAUAGGUAGGACUUCCAAAAGAGUAUAUUUGCACACAGAAAUUAUUUUAUUUUACCUUCAUCCAUGACUGUGAUUUCAUUUAUUCCUUGUGCAGAAAUUCCCUCCAUCAAGGCAGAAUAGUAUCUUCUCUGUAAUUUAUGGACUUGGGAAUGGGAAGUUGUGACCUUCCUACAGUCACAUGGACAACUAUAUCAAAACACUAGCCUGGGUCUUCCUAGUACUAUCUUUAGCACAACAACAUGCUAUUCCCCAUCUCAUAACCUUACUAAUACCUUUAAAUGAUUUGCUGACGUCCCAACCUCAGUUUUUUCAUCCAUAAAAAGGAGAUAAUAAUCCGUUUACCUUCCAUAGCUCAAAGAGCUGUCAUGUGGCUUAACUGAAUUAUUGACUAUAAAUAUUUGAAAACUUUAAAAGCAAUAUGUGAGUGUCAGCAAUUGUUGUUCUCUCUCCUAAGGUAGAAACUCCCAUGAGGCUAAUCCAUAAUGUGUGAUCCUUCCUCAUUUUACUGAGUCUUAGAAUCUUGAUGUUGACAGACAGGGUGGUAUUGAUCAAAAGGGAACUAAAUGUGAGGUGAGCCGGUUUGGAUUCAUAUUUCAGCUCUUUCUAUUCUCCAAAAGGCAUAACUAGAAUAAGGAAGUAUCAAAAAGUCAAAUUUGGGCUUUCAGGAAGGAAUAAUUUCCUAACAAUUAGACAGUACCAAAGCUAGGAAUGGACUACAUGAAAAAGUAUGGAAUUCUUCCUCACUGAAGAGGUCUUGAAACAAGUAGGGAUUUUUAGUGAUGCAGUUUGACUAAACAAAUCACUGAGAUCCAUUCUGAUUCUUGAUUUUGUCCACUGAUUCAGAGUUAUAACAAGGCUGUACUUCAUAAUGAAUAUAAACAUGUCAAUACAAAGUUAGUAGAUUUUACCUGAAAACACAGGUUUUAAAAAAAAAUUGUUCUUGUUCUGCAGAAAAAAUAGUGAGUAUUGUGGUUUAUAUCCAACUAAAUUAGAUUAAAUACUGUAAAAUCUUCUCAAAUUCUCAUCUGUCAAAAUUUCCCAUGGAAUAUUCUAGCUAGCCCUGCAUGAUUCCCUCUUUUCCUCCAAAGGAACCAUCCUAUUUUAAAAUUUAUUCUGGUGGGUGUAUAAAAUAUUAUCUGCAUUAGUUUGGGGCUUUUUUAUCUUUUUUGGUGAUAGCUUUGGUAGUGGAGGAGUAUUAUGGGGAGCAAUGAGGAGCUACAAGAAGAAAAACAGAAGAGGAGGCAGUGUGCUACAAUGGAAAGAGACCGGUGUCUGGAAUUGGAGGUCUUGGGUUCAAAUUCCACCUUUGCCACUUAUAACCUAUUUAAUUUUUGGACAAAUCAUUUUCUGUCUCUCUGGACCUUUGUUUCAAGAUAAGUAAAAAAAUGGAAAGGGGAUAUAUCAGACUAAAUUAAUUUAAAGGUACCUUUGAGCCCCAGAUCUAACAUCCUAGAUACUUAGCAUGUUCUUGGCUCUUCAGAAGACAACUAUGGAAUUUCCUAGAAGAAACAAAUUAAAUUGUGUUCAAAUUUCUGGCACUAACACAUUAUCUUUCACCAAAAGGUUCUAUGAAAUACAGAAUGGAGGGCAGGCAAAGCAGGUGUGGGUGUCUCUCACCCUCGAGUGAAACAAAAUGAAUAAGAGAAAAAUGAAAAAGCCCUGCCAUCAAAGAGGUUAUAUUCUAACAGGGAAACCAAUAGGCACAUAUUAUUUUCUUUUUUUAAACCCUUACAUUCCAACUUAUAAUCAAUACUGUGUAUGAGUUCCAAAGUAGAAGAGUGGUAAAGGCUAGGCAAUGGGAGUUAAGUGACUUGUGCAGGGUCACACAGCUAGGAAGUGUCUGAUGUCAGAUUUGAACCCAGGACUUCCCUUCUUUAGGCCUGACUCUCUCUCUCUCCAUUGAGCUAUCUAGCUGCCCUUGUAUCUGUCUUCUAAAUAUUUACAUACUCGAAGGCAGUUGAGUGACUCUGUGGAUAGAGAACCAAGCCUAAAGAUUGGAAGUCUUGGAUUCAAAUCUAGCUUCAGUCACUUCCUAUCUGUGUUACCCUGGGCAAGUCACUUAAUCCCUAAUGCCUAGCCUUUACCUGUUUUCUGCCUUAGAUAUUGAUUCAAAGAUGGAUGGUAAAGGUUAUUUGUUUGGUUUUAACUGGUAUGGAGAUAAGUCUUGGGGUUGGACAUGUGUUGUAAGGUUGUGGGAUUUUGGAGACUUGGGACAUAGAUCAGAUUUGACCAAAGGUCUCUUCCUCUCACCUAAUGCCCUAAGCCUCACAUGCUUCAUCUUCCUUUGGUUCUCAGCAAGUUAGGAUCAGAUUUCAAGCUGAAAGGGGUCAUCUACUACAACUAUUCCUUUUACAGAUGAGGGAAAAGCACUUGCCUAGGUCAUACAGGGGGUGAAGAGAUCCCAGUUGGAUUUCCCACCCAGGAUCGUUGACUCUAGUACUUAUUCCUUGAAACUUGGAAUUGGAUUUUCUGUCUCUAUUCCCAAAAAUAUGAAGGUGAGAAAUCUGGAGAGUGGAAAUCCCAGGCCUUAGAUGACAUUCCCUGCUAUUGACUGUUUUCUUUAGUGAGAAGAGGAGGGAGGAGCACAGCAAAUUUCUUCUCCUCCCACUGAAGCCCUGCCUCCCAGGGUUGGACAAGGACCGAGGUUGGCUUUCUUACUCCCUCUUGUUCAGUCCUUUAGCUCCCCAAGCCCACACAGUGUUGUGGAAGUUAGGGGUCUGGCCGGUCUUGGGGGGUCCUUUUGCUUUUUUCUUCUUUGGUCAAGGUUAGAAGAACCUAGCCAGAAGACAAGGGUUCCCAGCUGGGGAGAGUUAGUCCAGUUGAAGAACUGGCUGGGUUGGCCGAUCCAGCUGUCCAAGUGCGAAGCUAAGUGCUUGAAAGAGGAUUAUUGCUUCGCUAGAAUAAACAUGGCCCAUCCCCAUCCCCAAUGACAACUUGCCCAGAUUGGAGACAGCUUCAGGGAUGUACCAGUCCUUGAUGCCUGUUCUAAAUAUCAUCGCUGUACCAGAUUCAGGGUCCUAUGGUGCCAAACCCUGGCAAUGAAGCCACAGUUCAGGUGGAGCAAGGAAUUCUGGGAUGUCUGAAAGUGACAUGAGUGGAAGGACUCACAUCCCAUCUCUCUUUAAUGCCCUAUUAUCCCGAAAACUGGCCCUACAAGUCAGCUACUUGAAAAGUAAAGAAAAAGGAUAUGGGAAGCUAAGCAGUGAUGAAGACAUCGAAAUAAUUGUUGAUCAAAAUCAGGGGAAAAGCUCUAGGGCAGCCGAUAAGGCUGUUGCCAUGGUGAUGAAGGAGAUACCGAGGGAGGAGUCUGCUGAAGAAAAGCCCCUCCUUACUAUGACAUCACAGCUGGUGAAUGAGCAGCAAGAAAGCAGACCCCUUCUCAGCCCUUCUAUCGAUGAUUUUCUCUGUGAAACCAAAGCGGAAGCUAUUGCCAGGCCAGUAACAUCAAAUACCGCAGUAUUGUCAACAGGUUUAGAUCUCCUGGACCUGAGUGACCCAGUGUCACAAACCCAAAACAAAACGAAGAAGCUAGAGGCUACACCAAAGGCUUCAAGCCACAAGAAGAAGGCUGAUGGUUCUGACCUUAUCAGUGCUGAUGCUGAGCAGAGAGGCCAGCCUCUGAGAAUCCCAGAAACAUCCUCCUUAGAUUUAGAUAUUCAAACACAACUGGAUAAGUGGGAUGAAGUAAAGUUUCAUGGAGACAGAAACAGCAAGGGCCAUGCCAUGGCAGAGAGGAAGUCAGCUUCGUCGAGGGCUGGAUCAAAGGAACUUUUAUGGUCAUCGGAGAGUAGAUCUCAGCCAGAAUUGACUAGCGGGAAAAGUGCCCUCAAUUCUGAGUCAGCUCCAGAUUUAGACCUCAUGCCUCCAGCACAGGCUCGACUGACCAAAGAACAUCGCUGGGGAAGUGCAUUACUCUCCAGAAACCACUCUUUGGAAGAGGAAUUUGAAAGGGCAAAAGCAGCAGUGGAGUCAGACACAGAGUUUUGGGAUAAGAUGCAAGCAGAAUGGGAAGAAAUGGCUCGAAGAAACUGGAUAUCUGAGAACCAAGAAGCCCAAAAUCAAGUGACGAUUUCAGCUAGUGAGAAGGGGUACUACUUUCACACAGAAAAUCCUUUUAAAGACUGGCCUGGAGCUUUUGAAGAAGGAUUGAAAAGGCUGAAGGAAGGAGACUUACCUGUUACUAUACUGUUCAUGGAAGCAGCAAUCCUCCAGGACCCUGGGGAUGCUGAGGCCUGGCAAUUUCUGGGUGUAACCCAGGCAGAGAAUGAGAAUGAACAAGCUGCCAUCGUCGCCCUCCAGAGGUGCUUAGAAUUACAGCCGAACAACCUCAAGGCUCUAAUGGCCUUGGCUGUGAGUUAUACCAAUACUGGCCAUCAACAAGAUGCUUGCAGCACUCUGAAGAAUUGGAUUAGGCAAAAUCCCAAAUAUAAAUAUUUAGUGAAGAACAAAAAGGCAUCUCCAGGGCCAACUCGGAGGAUGUCAAAGUCACCAGUUGACAGUUCAGUCCUGGAAGGAGUGAAGGAGCUGUACCUGGAGGCUGCCCACCAGAAUGGAGAGAUGAUCGACCCUGACCUGCAGACAGGCCUUGGGGUGCUGUUCCACUUGAGUGGAGAAUUCAGUCGAGCAAUAGAUGCAUUUAAUGCUGCCUUAACAGUUCGGCCAGAGGACUAUUCAUUAUGGAACCGCCUUGGCGCCACAUUGGCCAAUGGAGACCGCAGUGAGGAAGCGGUUGAAGCCUAUACGCGAGCUCUGGAAAUCCAGCCUGGCUUCAUCCGGUCCAGGUACAACUUGGGAAUCAGCUGCAUCAACCUGGGAGCUUACAGGGAAGCCGUCAGCAAUUUCCUCACUGCCCUGAGUUUGCAAAGAAAGAGUAGGAACCAACAGCAAGUCCCCCAUCCGGCUAUUUCUGGCAACAUCUGGGCUGCCCUCAGGAUUGCCCUCUCCAUGAUGGACCAGCCAGAGCUAUUUCAGGCAGCUAACCUAGGGGACUUGGAUGUUCUUCUAAGAGCUUUUAAUCUGGAUCCGUGAGGAAGAGAUGAUUCUGUCACCUACCCGGCCACUGGAAAAAAAAAUCAUGGUAAUGUCAUGCAAAAUACUAAAACUAUUUUAUUAUGAAUUUUGAAAGGAAAAUCCGAUGUUCAAAAGACCACAGAAAUGCCACCCAAGGGAACCCCUCCCAAUGCUGCCCAAUUUCCGUCCAAGUUCAAAAGCACAAAACAUUGUACAUAGCAUCGUUUGGAUUGAAACUAAGACUGGAAAGAAACAAGACCAACCGAGAAGAAGAUGGCCAGCUGAUGAGCACUGGCUCUCAAACACCAAGAGCGUGUUAGUUGUAAGACAUGGAUGCCAGCCUUUGGGUCGCUCUUUGUCCAAGGACCCAUGGAAGAGAAAGCAUCGUCUCGGGUCACGGAAGGCAGACUGAGGUCUCUUGCUGGGUUUUCUUCAAUCCUUCCUUCUUUUCUAGGACCUGAUCCAGCUUGGACCACAGGGCAUGUACACUGUUUGGGCUGGCCUGAUGGGAAAGGCAGGCAGCAUUCUGGGGGAUGCGUUUCUUUUGGAGCAUUUGCAGUCAAUGUUUGAUUUCAGAGAGUUGGCUUUGCAGGCAAAAGCAAGCUUUCUGUACUGGGCUUUUGUUUUCUUUUCUGCUCCUAGCCCAGAUUGAGGCUGGGGCAGGAGGGCGGGAUAGGGUUGGGGAGGGAGGGAGGAAGACUGUACAUAUGCACUUUAAUAUCUUAUCAUUUAUGCCUUGCCCAGGUUCUUGGGUUGCUUCUCCACUUUUAAACCUGAGAGUGAAAGGUUUCAGAACACAGCCACGCUUGUUCACUCAGUGGACCAAAUACUCAUUUUUGACAAUUGUUCCCAUGGUAUAGAGUUUGACAACGUGUUUUUCUUAAAGCAAAUAGAGCAGGCUGAAGGCAGCAACUCAAACAUAGACUUUCUUACUGAUAUAAUUUCAAAAUAUACACGACCCAGAUGCACAGACCUUUACUGGCUGGGGCGUGGCUCUGGGGAGCAAGGGGUGAAGGACUUUGUUAGGGAUCAAGCUCAUCCUUCUUUUUUUGGAGGGGAGGGAGAAGUGUUGGUCCAGACCUCAGAAUUCCCAGUGAGGAAUCUCCUUCCACCAGUGCAGGUGGGCAAAAGCUCUUGUAAUCUUAUAAUCUUAGAUAAUUGCCCAGGAGGCACUUGGAGGAUAAGUGACUUGCCCAGAGUCACAUAGUCAGUAUGAAUUAAAGACUGGACUUGAACCCAGGUCUUCACAACUCCAGGACUGAAUCUCUAUCCACUAUGCCAUGCUGUUUCUCACAAUAUCUUAUCUAACUGGCAUCAUUGAUCUGCUUUCUUUCCCUACAUAUCAGUGGUCAUUUUUACCUGUUAAUACUGCAAAUGGUAUAGCCUUGAAAAAUACAUUUUUUAAACUAAAACUAAUAGUAUUGGUUCGGUUCCAACCUGCUGGUGCUGCUCUCUGCCUGCCCCACAGUGCAUUCUGAAAUGGAGUGCAGUGCCAACUUGCCCACACAGCUCACACGCUUUUCCAGCCAAAUCAGCAGAUGAACUUGAAUUUCUCUUGACCUUGGCCCUUAUUUUGGAAAGUUGCCCAAUAUCAAAAGUGUCCCAGAGACUUCUUUCUCAUUUACCAUGGAGAGGUUUCAUUUAAUUAGCAAACACUGGUUGCAUGAUCCUGGAAUGCACUCAGUUCCCUAAAGUUUUACUGGAUUUGAUUGGUUGAUUGAUUGGUUGGUUGGAGUUUUUUGUUUUGUUUUAUGAAAAAGAAGAAAUUUCUUUGGGGGAGAAUGUUCUGGAACAGGGUACAUUCAUGUUCCCCACAGUUCUUUUGUCUCUUCCUCUGACCCCACCACCACCACUUGCCCUUCCUCCCCACAAAAACUAUGGUAACUUUUUCCUUUUUUGUUCCAUCAAAAGCAGCUUGUGGUUAUCAAAUCCCACCAAAAGAAGCUACCAAGAAAUCCACAAUUUGAGGUCCAUGGGACCAUUCUUUUCUAACCACUUCAUUUUACAUCUGAAAAAAAUGAGGCUAAGAAAACGGAAGCCAUUCAUCCAGGUUCAUAUGGUAAUAAGUAGCAACACUGGGAUUCAAACCCAAGUCUUCCCAUAGCAAACCCAGCAUACAGAAAUAAAAAGAAGUGUAUAGCCCAGGCCUAGGUAGCAAUCUUCCUCUCUAAUAAUUCAAUAUACCUUAGAUUAGGUAGACAGAAGAGAAGAAAAGGAGGAUCUAAUGUGAAUAUGAAACUUCAGAUCAUGAGAUCAUAGACAGGAAACUAGAAGAGACCUUAAAAUCAUCUAAUCCAACCAUUUGGUGUUUGAGAUAAGACCCUGAGAAGUUAAAUUUCUUCUCCAAGGUUACAUUGAUCAUAAGUGACCAGAGCUGGGAUUUGAACUGAAAUCCUCUAACUACAAAUUCAUCUCUCUUUUCACUGCCUCAAGGCAGUGAAAAAUGGGAAAAAAAAGUCUCAUGCAUUUUAUCACAAGAAAUAAGAGGAGAGUGAAGAUGAGAAGCAGGGAAGAGUUAACCAGUUAUUUCACACUGCUGAAUAUGAUCCCAAUGGCCCCUACCAGCCAAAAAUCUAUUGAACAUGUGAGAUAGAGUCCGCUUUUGUGGAAAGAAAUGUGUCUUUUGAUGAAGGCAGAAUAUGGAGGCCAGCAAAUCAGUCAAGGGCCCCAUUACCUGGAAAUGAGCAAUUUGUGAUUUCAGAUUUGACUACCACACAUAGAACCACAGAAGCCAGUGACAUAGGCAAGGAUGGGGAGUGAGGGGCAAGGUAAAGAUGGAAAAGGAAUGGAACUAUAAAAGAAUGAAAGAAGUGGGAGAGAGGGAAAAAAGAGAGAAAAGAGAAAAGGCCUUACCUGUGUAGAAAGCAACCAACAGUUACAUCAGGUGCACAGGCUGCCUAGACCUAAAUUAUUCCAUCUCCCUUCUCCAGACAAAACUGUGCUAUUCAAUAUAAAUGAGUAUCUAUUGCCCAUUUUUUCACAGCUCACCUUCCUUGUUAGAACAGUCCAAUCAAUGUUCAUCCAUCCAUUCAAUAAAGAAACUUCCUUCAUAUUAAUUCAGACUCUUCAUAAUGUAAUAAAAUCACAUAAUGUUAACAUGAAAAAGGACCAUAAUAAUCCACUACCCUUGUCUUAUAGUUGAAGGAACUGACAUCCAGAUAAAUAUGACUUCUCCAAGGUCUCAUAGGUCAUAAAUAGCAAAAAAGUUCUGGGUCCUCCGAUUCCAAAUCCAGCACAGUCAUCCAUAUACUAUGCUGGUUUUUUAAAAGAUAAAGACCAUUUAAGCAACCCUGAACUUUAUGUGCUCAAGCCUACCAUUGCUUAGUAGUGCUGCUCUUCAAUUUGAGAGAGAAUAGAAAUAAUAAUGAUUGCUAUAUGCUAUGCCUGAAGCCUUUGUCCACAGCAAGAUGGCCAUGAACAAUGGAUUUGUAUUGCAUUUUCAUUCAUGGCCUUUGUGGAAAUUGAGGUAGUAUUGAACUUUCAAGGCCUUAAAAUGUCUUUGUACAGAGACAAAACAAUUUUGGAAGAGAUUAUAGAUUCAAGUUAUAGACUUGGAGAUUGUAGACUCAGACUGGUAAGGAACCCAGAACAUCAUCAAGUCUAAUCCUUCAUUUUACAGAAGCAGACAAAUCUGUGGUUGUCGAUGACUUGACCAUUGUAUUAAGCACCCAGUCUAAUUAUUCUAAAUUUGCAUGAUGUUCACCAAAUGCAGGAAUUUUAGACAACUGUGCCUGUUAGUCUAUCCAGAAUGAUGAUGAAAAUAGAUGAGAAACAUAUGUUCUGAUUAUAUUUUCCAUGUAAUUCAUUUAUGGUGUUUACAAAGUCCCAAGAAUAACCAAAAAUUAAGUACAAGACAUUUUCAUGGGCCUGACUCUAUGAGUAGCCUUUUUUAAUGCCUGUUCAUAUUUCCUUUAAACCAGAAAUAUCUUCAAAAUGAAAACCAUAUUGGGUAGCAGUAUGUCAUUUCUUUUCCUUUUGAAAGGACAAGUUCUUAGUCCAACAUGGUCUUCCAAUUGGAGCUCUUUAAUCCCUGAAAAAAGGACUCUGUGUUUGUGUGGCUAGUUCUUUUGUUUCUAAGCAUAGUAGAGAAUUUCAACCUAAGAAGUAUUACUGGGUGGUAUCAUCCUACCAAACCAUGGGAAAGUCCCCUAUGGUAACUCCCAGAUACUGAAUUUGUCCAUUAUUUGAGGAGGAAACACAGAGAAGGGUUGUGAAGUAUGCUGAAUCUAAUGAACUAGUUCUAGUUGGAGUGGGAGAUAUUUCCACAUUUCUUAAAAUAUUUAGGAAUUUCUGUAACAAUAUUGGUCAGGAGAGAAAAGACAAAAUUAAAGAAAGAAUAGGGCAAGAAGGGAUAAGAAGAGAAAGGAAAUAAUAAAACAAGGAUAAAAAGAGGAAAUGAGGAAAAGGAUAGGAAACAUGAAGAAGAGUAGAAAGUAGAGGAAGAGGAAGAGGAAGAAAAAAUAGGAAGAGAACUAGAAUAAAAAUAAGAAUAGGAGAAGGAAAAAUAGGAGUAGGCAAGAGAAGGGGGAAAAGAAUGAAAAAAGGAAGAAUAUGAGCAAAUGAUAAUAAAAGAGCAAGAAUAUAAGGAGAAAAAAGAAAGGAGAACAAGAAAAAUGGUAAAAGGAAAAAGAAGAAAAAUAGGAGGAAGAAGAGGAGAGCAAAAUGGGAAAAGAAAGAGGAAGUGGAAGAGAAGGAAGAAUGUGAUCAAGAAGAAAGGAGAAAGUUGGAGAAAAAGGAAAGAGAAGGAAGACUAGAAAGAAGUGGAAUAGGAGAAAGAAUAUAAGUAAAAAAAGAAAAUGAGAAAGAAGAAAGCAAGAAUAGAAAUAGGAAGAGGAAUAAAAGAAUGAAGAAGCAGAGUAGGAAUAAAAGGAGAAGGAAGAGUAAGGAAAAGUCAAGGCUCUAAUUACUCAUUUCACUUUCAUCACAUCAUUUCAUUGCACCUGAAAGGAAGGCAAAAUCUUGUUGACCAUGGGACUGUUUUAGUAGACUACAAAUGAUGUUCUCCAUCCUGUUGAACUCUUUUAAUAAAGGUCCAGUGGCAAUAUCUGAAUUUCCUUCAGGUAUGAAAACAUCUGAACCAUGUUUCACUGGAACACAUAUAAGGUUAGCUGAAUUUUCAUGGUUCUAUCAUUCUGGAAGAGAAAAUCUCAUCCUGCUUCUUGCUGCCAUGUUUUGUCUAUAGGGCUAGAUAGACUUUUUUUGUAUCCCAUGAGACUGAAUUACAAUCAUGGUUGGCCUUGCCUUACUGUGAGUAGACAGAAUCUCCAACCUCAUCUUAAUUGUUUCUUUGGGAAGAGAACAAUCAAAGUUGAUUUUUCCUUUCUCCUCCCAUUUUAAUUGCCUAUUCCCUCCCCUUAUGGGCAGCACCAUAGGACCAGAUGGUGUAAGUUGCUUUUUUCUUCUUCUACUUGGCAUUUAUCAUAUUGAUUCUAGAGCCUUUUGGAUAACAGGGUACUUUGCUAGGUGGGUUCCUGACUUCUUGCUUAGAAAGCCUUUCAUUUUAUAAACCGUAACACCGUAUGUGCAAGCAAGCACAUAUAAACACAUACAAUUUCAACUGUAUAAAGUUUUUCAAUUUCACCCCCUUUUCCUAAAUUUACUAUGAUCCAGUUCCCUGUCAUCACAGUAUUUAUACUCCAGCUAAAAUGAAACUAACAUUUUGAACUAAUAAAUAUAUAUAAACUAUAUUUUUAAAGAAUGUUCGUAGAUGGACUAUGACAUAAGGUUUAUAACAAAGGGGAUUUUUGACAAUAAAGCAUAUAACCUCAGGUACCAAAAUAUUGCAUGCAUUAGUAUUUGCACACCAACCUACUCGCAUAUUAACCAAAGCAUGCAAGGUAACUUAACUGAACUGAAUGUACAUUUACAAAGUGCAUGAUGUCAACUUCUAGGUUAGUUCAUUUUUUCUCACUCAUAAACCAGGUCAUUAGGAGACAUUGGCAAAGAUUGCAUCAUCUCUUCCAUAUCUGCUUUUCAUGCAAGAAUACCCUUGGAAUGGUUUCCCAAUGAUUCACUCACACUGGCCUUUCACAGGUCACUGUUACAUCUGGUUUCUUGCAGUGUUGCCAACAGAGCCAAUCAGACUCUUGAAAAUAUGGGGGUUUAGACACAUUUAGACCUUUGGCAAUGGCCUCUGAGCUGCAUGAGACAUUAGACCAGAAGCUCCCAUGCUCAUUGGUGACCCUGGUGCUGAAUGCUCUAGGCUGGGCAUUUUGGAGUCCAUUUCCACUUAGGGGUGAUGGACUAUUGGAGUGGCAUUCUCAAGGUCUUCCUGAGUAAUGUGAUUCCUCACCAGGUGGAAAAGUUAGGCUCACAGAUGAAAAUUAUCUCAAGAUAACGAGCCCUUUCCAUUUUUGUGGCAUCAUCCAGUUGGAUUCUAGGGGCCAUCCCACCAUCUUCUGUUCCCCAAUCCUGGUUACUCUAGAGGCUGGCUUCUUGGGCUCUUGCUCCUAUGAGAAAGAUGAUGGAUGUUGAGUGCUCUGCAAACCUGUAAGCUUUCUGGAAAUGCUGGCUCCUACUAGCUGUGGCUAUGAGCCCCUGGUGUCUGGCAUUUUGUCAGAAUGUCUGAAAACAGUGAGCUCUAGGAGGGCCCAGGAAAGCAGAACAUCCUCUGAGAGCUCCCUACGCUGCACAUCAUGUUAACUCCUACGUGUUUUAUAUGUAAAGCACCACCAAUUUGUUCACCUUGCACUGGGGAGGAAACAAGCUGUUUACCAGCUAUUAAAAAGAAACAGCAAGGGAAUGCAAGGUUCUCAAUGUUGAUCAUAGCCUUGAAAGCAUCCCACCACCAAAUAUGUUGCCCCUUUCCAAUUAAGGCUUUUAAAAGAGAAAAAAUAAAUUCCGUUUUUUGGGGGGUGGGAUCAAAUUUAUUUGAUUGAAAAUAUGAUACAAACAGUAAGAAAACAGAAGUUACACAGCCAUUAGAAUUUGGUGAUUUCUGUAUCUUGGUGUAGCUCAAUAUGGGGGAAAAAUCUGAAAGAAGAGUUUAUAUGGCCCAGCAGAAUGUAAGCUCCUUGAGAGCAAGAUCUUUUUCUCGUUUUUUUGUCUCUUUCUCCAGUGCCUAGCAGAGUGCCUAGCUCAAUAAAUGCUUGUUAAAUUGAAUAUUUUUUUAAAGAAUGCCUCUGGCUUAAGGUUCUUUCUUUGGGAGCUUCUCCAAGGGACAAAGCAUCUACUUGGCUGUUAGUCUGUGUCUCAGCAAGAAUCUGGCCAUCUCCAUAGACCAUCUACAGAAUUCUGCACACAAAAUUACACCACACAUUUAAAAAAUUGACUGAGGGAGGUGAAUGCUUACACAGUAAAAUAUGAGAGGUUUGGGUUUUUUCUCCUUCCCUUUGACUGUCUUUAGGGGGAAGAAUGUACAAGAGAAAGAAAAAGAUAGGAGAUAAACACAUUCAUCUUGACAUUUGGGGAAUUGGAUCAAGGGAGCACCUAUCACUAGGAUCUCCCAUUGUCCUCUGAAUAAAUAACCUCACAGUUCUGUUUUGUAUGAGAACACUGGAGAGCAGGAACAGAACUCACUAAGGAUAGCCCGAUAACCUAAAGAACCAGAAGGGUCGCUGAUUUCCUUCCACUUGUCUCCCUUCUCCGUAAGACCCCAAAUCUCUUCAUUCUCCAUUGCUGAAUUUGUUUACAUUGGUUGGGGGGAGGGUAGAAAACCAACUGUCCAAUUUAGGCACCUUUUUACUACCUAUAACAAGCAUUUAUUACACAUUUAGAAAGAACAAGAUGUUUCUAAUAUAUUUUGUAUAUCUAUCAAUAUUGCCUCUAGACUAAUCAACAAAUAUAUAGUUUUGAAAGACAUGCUCCUGCCUCUGCUGCUUCUCCCUCAUGCUCAAGAACGUGGGAACACUCUUCCUGUACCAGCUUUGGGCUCUUUUUAUGCCCACAUAUAUAGCAAAGAAAGGAUGGCAUCUAAAUGUUUACAUUCAGUUUCUAACAUUAAUUUGGACCCCAACUAAGGGAUCUCUAAGUCAACUUAAAGAAUAUGGAGGGUUGAAGGCAACCCUUUCCUCAUCCUAGGUGAUACUGCAUCUGUAUAUUUCAUGCAAUAUUAAUCAGUGAAUGCUUUAACCUGGUACUGCUCUUUAAGAUACAAUAAUUACUCCCAAGCAAAUGACCUGUUUCUCUAUCUAGGUGUUUCAUUUACUCAUUUGCAAAGCACUGAUGCUAAUGUAGUAUUUUUGUACUAUUAUCAGAGGCAUGCCUUCCUCUUCUUUUUUUUGACAUUAUUAAAUGGUAUUUAUAUCUGUGUGAUUUUUAAGUAUGUUUUCAAAUAAACUUUAUCUGUGGCUUCAA